AUGUCUCCUGUAACAGGUAGCACAUCGGCAACAAAGAAAACGACCACAACAAAGACGGCGACAACAACAAAAUCGUCUGCAACAGGUAAAACAACAGGUGGUGCACUUAGAAAAGGCAAAAAGAAAAUCGCCGCUGCGCCACUCAAGUCAAAAGCUGAAAGUAAAAAAAUUACCAAUCCAUUAUAUGAAAAACGCGCAAAAAAUUUUGGUAUUGGUCAAGAUAUUCAACAUAAACGUGAUUUAACACGUUUUGUUAAAUGGCCACAAUACAUUCGUGUUCAACGUCAACGUAGUAUUUUACUUAAACGUUUGAAAGUUCCACCACCAAUCAAUCAAUUUACCCAAGCACUUGAUAAACAAACAUCAACACAAUUGUUCAAAUUACUUGAGAAAUAUCGUCCGGAAACGAAAAAAGAAAAAAAACUUCGUUUAAAACUCCGUGCCGAAGAACAAGCUAAAACCGGUAAACCAGACAAACCAACAAAACGACCAAACGGUCUUCGCAGUGGAAUGAAUACUGUUACUGCAUUAGUCGAAAAAAAGAAAGCACAAUUGGUUAUUAUUGCUCAUGAUGUUGAACCAAUUGAACUUGUUCUUCAUUUACCAACACUAUGCCGUAAAAUGGGCGUUCCAUAUUGUAUUGUUAAAGGCAAAUCUCGACUUGGCCGUCUUGUUCAUUUAAAAACUUGUUCAUCAUUAGCUUUAACCGAUGUUAAUGCUGAAGAUAAAUCUGGUUUAAGUAAAUUAGUUGAAGCAGUUAAAACUAACUUCAAUGAUCGUUAUGAUGAAUUACGUCGUCAUUGGGGUGGUGGUGUUUUAGGUAACAAAUCACAAGCACGCAUUAACCGACUCGAACGUCUUAAAGCUCGUGAAGCAGCACAUCAAAGAAAUACUUAA